AUAAAAAAGAACUCCAGACCUAGAACUCUCUGCCCAAAAUCAACAAUGCUAGGGAUCCCCUGCCAAGCCAAGCCGCUAAAAAAGAACUGGACUUACUGUGCGGGGUUUCAUGGGAAAGGUCGAUCGACUUAACUUGCAGUACUAUCUCAUCCUUGUUUGAAACAAUCUUUGCUUCUCCUUCGAAUCGUCGUAGCGAUACCUUGGGGGUCACUCAAGCCGUAUCAGCAUUUGAACCGUCACUGACCAUGUACCUCGAAGAAUCAGGUACUUUGACGCCUCCAUCACCUUCGCCAUGGACAAUUCUCAGGGUCCGUCAGGCAGUCUGAAUUCAAGCGGCCAUCCCAUGCACUCAAUAUCAGCCAACCAUCUCUACAAAGCAUGUCGGACGUGUCGGCGGCAGAAAAUGCGUUGUGAUGGCGGAGAUGAGACUUCGUGCCAAAGAUGCAUCAGGGCCGGUGUCGAAUGCGUAUUUGACAAAACAGCAUCAAAAAGACAAAGCGUAACAGCUGAUGGCUUUGCGAAACGACAGAAGACUCAAACCCUGGCUAACGAGGUUGCAGUCUUGAAGACCCAAGUCGCGUCGCUAAGACAAUCCCAAGAGCUCCGAGACCCGUCCGCAUCAUCGCCACUAGAAGGAAACCAACUACGGGACACGUCAGUGACACAUAUGGAAGCCUUGUCACCUCCACCAGAGCAAGACGAGACCCACAUCUCUCACUCCUUUUCACCCGAGAAUCUGGGUGUUCCUGUGACCGCCGUACAUGCCAUGAUACACCCACCUAUCCAUGGCGAGCCAGAGCGGAACGCUGCCGGCUGGACAGCGGAGAAUCAAUCAAAAUGGAACCGUCGGGAUAAUUCCAGGCAUACGCGGAGGGACAUUAUUGCCCGUGGCUUGAUUGAGGAGGCUGAGGCUCGCCAUCUGUUCGACAUAUACAUGCACGGUGGCAAUGUAUUCGUACCUGUCUUCGAUCCCAUCCUGGAUACAUUCGACUCAAUCCGGCAAAGAUCCGCAUUUACCCUUACCGUCAUCCUCUACGUUGCAGCACGCCAUGAGCAUGUACACGACCCCGGUAAUCAUACACUGCAGGUGUGCAUGGAAGAUUCCCGCCGCUUGGCAGCAGACUCAUUAUUCGAAAACCCUUCCUCUCUUGAGACAACAGAAGCAAUGGCAAUCCUAGCGGUUCACUCGGACAUAACAUGGUUCGCGUUGGGACAUGCCUUUCAAAUGGCGAUCGAUCUUGGCCUUGACACGAAGUUGGUCAGCCUGAUAUCGGACUCUGAUUCCAUCCCAAAGACACAAAAGGGUACAAAGACAAUGCGCUACGCCUUCCGGUGCGCCCGAGUCCUGCUCGUGAUCGCUCAGUAUGAACGUGCGCUGGCCUUUGGCACCCGACGCAGAUCUCGCGUUGAGUACUUCAGUUUCGAGGACAUGGAGCGCUUUCUCAACCAUCCCAGCACGCAUCCGUCAGCAUUGAUCCCAUGUGCUGCCAUCGAUAUGUGCCAAAGCCUGACGACUCUCCGAACGAGCAUGAAUUCAAUUUCCAUGACCGAUGUUGAACGAGAUUUGAAAGCUUGGUAUGACAAAUGGGAUGCUCGCCUCGAAGACGAUUGCGUUCAUCAGGAGUCAUUUCAGCGUUCCAUCAUUAUGCUCCACUACCAUUAUGCCAGAAUUAUUAUGGGAGGUGUCCUGUUUGUUUCCACACGUCAGGCUGCGCAGAACCCAUCUCCCUCGACCGAGCAAGAUUGCAUCAACAUCAGCACACAUAUUCUGCAACUGAUUCGUGACUUGCUCUCGACCAUCGAGGACUGCAGCGCCUUCAAGCGAGCCUUCUCAUGGGCCCCAACCUAUGACGGCUUGAUUCUCACAUUUGCAAUCGUUUUGGGGUUUCAAAUACUGCAGAUUUACCCAAACCCUGACCAAGAGAGUGCGUUAUUAGUCCAGGUCGAGCGAACUGCCAUCCUACUGAAGCAGCACCCUUGUCAGAACUUCUACCUGCUUGUCAAGCGUCUUAUUCACCGUUCCAAAUCCCCAAAAGACAUCUCCGCAAGCCCAUUGCAGCAGAAUCCUGACGAAUUCCAGGCUUACAACUCCAUCGAUUUCGCAGCCAUUUUACAAGGGGAAGACUGGAUGUUUGACAUUUCGAAUAACAUGUUCCUUGAUCCAUCUGCCAGCACUGAAGCGGACUGAUCCAGCCGAUAUGCUGCAUGAC